UUAUAUAUAUAUAUUCAUUAUGCAGGAAGGAAAUGCACUGUUUAAAGAAAAAAACCUAAGGGGAGCCAUGGGAAAGUACCACAGGGCUCUUCUUUUCAUCCAAGGUAUACAAGUACAACAAAAUGCUGCAUCUCUGAUGGGUCUUACAAGUACUGAGCAGCCUAAAGUAGAUCAACUCCCUGAAUCUGUCAAACAAGAAGUUACAAAAAUUAAAAUGGAUUGUUAUAACAACCUUGCAAACUGCUUGUUGCAGCAAGAAAAAAAAAUGGAACGAGUUAUUUUUUAUUGUGAUAAAGUUUUGGAGGUUGAACCCACCAAUGUGAAGGCCUUGUACAGGAAAGGAAAAGCUCUGUACAAUAUCAAGGACUAUGAUACAGCACUACAAGUAUUACAAAAAGCUCAGGAGGUGGAUAAUGGAAAUGAUUCUGGUAUAAAACAAUGUAUCAAAGACUGUAAGCAACAGUUGAAGAAUUUACUGAGGAAGGAAAGAGACAUUUAUCGAAGACUGUUUGAGAAAUGACUUCUGACCAAAGAUAAUGAUCAUCUACAUAAAGGAAAUAACCAGCAUUUGGAUAGGUAUAAGACAGAAUGUUUGUAAAUUUUAAAAAUUGGAGUAAAUUGUUUUUUCUUUUCUUAAUAAAGCAGUCUAUGGCUAUUUUUGUUUCA